AUGUUGGGAUUCAUUGCAGAGCUACUGCUUCUCGCAGCCAUCGCUAUUUUCCUAGUCUAUUAUAUCUUCUUGCUACCACCAAGAUACCCCGAGAACAUCCCUACCAUCCCCUUUUGGGUAGCCCUCAUUCCCUUUUUCAAGGAUGUCGACCAGUCCGACAUUUUUCGUCAAUAUAUCGACAAGCCACUUCGCACUCACGGCGCUGUCAAGUUCUUCUUUGCGGCUCAAUGGAAUAUUUUGGUGCACAAGCCCUCUUACAUCGCCGAGAUCUUCAAGGACGAAGACCUGUACGAAAAGAGCGGGAAUCAAAAAAAGAUCCCUCAUAGUGUUUUGGCACAGUUUCUUGGCGACAACAUCAUCUCUAGCCAUGGUCAAGUCUGGAAGAAAUACCAGUCUGUCAUCCGGCCAGGGCUGCAACGAAACAAUUUCGAGGUGGACAAGAUCGCAUUGAAUGCCGACAAAUUGUGCAUGCUCGUGAAAGAUGCCCAGUCGCGCGGUGGAAGAGGCCGUGGCGUUGCUGUUCAGGAGUUGCUUCAGCGGUAUUCCGUGGCCAACUGCUCUGAGGUCAUUUUGCAGACCAACUUUGAUGCAAGUACAUUCUUACGUCCUUUCACAAAACGCUGGAAAAAAGACCACACGGCUCUCUCGGACAACGCACCCAUCAACAUUCUGCAAUCGGCAGUCAAGCGUGAGAUUUUCAAGCCCAUCUUUAUGAACUUUCCCAUUUUGGACCAGUUUCCAUUUCCAAGUCGGUUACGUGCCAGGAAAACUGUGGACAAGUUUCGAGGCGCCCUCAGGGAUGCUUUGAUCGAAAGCCACGAUCCCUCCUCCGCAAAAUCGUCAGCGCCCUGGCCCAAAGAUGGAUUGGGCCGCCGGCUGCUAGAUGCUCACCAGUCCGGUCAGUGGGAUGAAAAAAAGAUGCAUGACAACUUGACAGUUCUCUUUGUAGCUGGCCAGGAAAAUCCCCAACUGUGCCUGAUAUCCACUCUUUACUUGCUAGCCAAGCAUCCUGAAAUUCAAGCCAGACUUUAUGAAGAACUCGUGUCUACAGGACUUUCAAUCCCCGCGCUAGCUCAAAACAUUGAAAUGCUGACCAACCUCCCGCUCCUGACUGCUGUUAUUCUCGAGAGUCUGCGUCUCUUUCCUCCCAUCGGCCAGCUCAUCAAUCGGCGCACCUCCCAGGACACGCUCCUUGGCCACGCUUCCAUUGUAAUCCCCAGCGGCACAUACGUUGGAUACAACUGCUACUCGACAAACCGGGACCCGGAAGCUUGGGGACCGACAGCAGACCAGUUUGAUCCUUCUCGUUGGGGCGGUGAUGUAACAUCCAUCCAGAAGCAGCUCCGGUUACGCAAAUCUAAAGCAGAGUUUAUUUCUUUCCAUGGGGGCCGCAGAGCCUGUCUCGGGGAAAAGUUUGCUCUGUUGCAGAUGAGGGUCACACUGUGCAAGCUACUGGGGGCGUUCAUGUGGAUGCUGGAUCCGGAGUGGAUUGACAGAAAGACACCAGCCGGGCCAUUGUACCCCAGGGCUCUAAGGCUAGUCUUUGAUAGCAGGGAGUUGGGGUCCGAGAAGAAGGGCUGA